CACAAAACUGCUGGUUCACAUUUCACUCACAAUGGCCACUCUCUGUUCUUCAUCAGCCUCUUCUCUCCUCUUCUCCUCUCCAAUCUCAAAACCCAAGUCUCCUUCACUUUCUCCCUCUCUACGUCUCUCUUCUCUUUCCUCUCUUUCUCACUUCUCAUCUCUUUCAUUCUCUUUUCAUACCUUCAAUUACUGUACAAGUACUUCCAGGCGCCAAUCCUUCAGUCUCAAGGCCAGUGCUUCAUCAGCGAAGAAGAAGGUUGUUAUUGUUAAUACCAAUAGUGGUGGGCAUGCUGUUAUUGGGUUCUAUUUUGCAAAGGAGCUUCUGGGUUCUGGCCAUGAAGUCACAAUCUUGACUGUUGGUGAUGAGGGCUCAGACAAAAUGAAAAAGCCCCCAUUUAACAGAUUCUCAGAAAUUGUGACUGCUGGAGGGAAAACUGUGUGGGGAAACCCGUCAGAUAUUGGGAAGGUUUUGGAAGGGGAAGAAGCUGAUGUGGUGUUAGAUAACAAUGGCAAGGACCUAGACACUGUUAGGCCAGUGGUGGAUUGGGCUAAGAGUAUUGGUGUUAAGCAGUUCUUGUACAUCAGCAGUGCUGGAAUCUACAAGCCAACUGAUGAGCCUCCUCAUGUUGAAGGGGAUGUUGUGAAAGCUGAUGCUGGUCAUGUUGGAGUGGAGAAGUACAUCGAAGAGAUUUUUGGUAGUUGGGCGAUAUUCCGUCCUCAAUACAUGAUUGGGUCUGGCAACAACAAAGAUUGUGAAGAGUGGUUCUUUGAUAGGAUUGUUCGGAAAAGGCCGGUACCAAUUCCUGGUUCUGGGAUGCAACUCACAAACAUUGCCCAUGUGAGGGAUUUGUCCUCAAUGCUUACUCUUGCUGUUGAGAAGCCAGAUGCAGCACGUGGUAACAUAUUCAACUGUGUUAGCGAUCGUGCUGUCACUUUGGAUGGACUGGCCAAACUAUGUGCUCAGGCUGCAGGUCUACCACUUGAAAUUGUGCAUUAUGAUCCAAAGGCCCUAGGAAUUGAUGCUAAGAAGGCUUUUCCCUUCCGCAAUAUGCACUUCUAUGCGGAACCAAGAGCCGCUAAGGAGAUUUUGGGGUGGGGUGGCACGACAAACCUUCCCGCGGACUUGAAGGAGCGAUUUGAAGAGUAUGUAAAGAUCGGAAGAGACAAGAAGCCCAUGGCAUUCGAGUUAGAUGAUAAAAUAUUAGAGUCAAUCAAGGUUCCAGUAGCUGCAUGAUCAGAUCAACCAGUGAGUUUUGAACUUAUUUUCGCCGCAAAAUAUUAUAAAUCUGCAUUUUUAUACGUUCUUUUGCAUGUAUUCUCGGAUGGAUUUUGGUACUGAUCAAUCCACAUAUAGGAAAUUACCACAAAAAAUAAGACUGAUUCUUGUCUUUGAUGAAACUGAUGGAGUGAAAACCCUGAACUGGGAUCUUUUUGCUUCA